AAAACAAUCACAAGGAGUCGGCGCGAAACUGUUAUAGUUAGCUAGUUAAUUAUGAAGCUUGUUCUUGAACUUAUAUGUUACUUUUGCUAGCUGUAUGUAUUUGUUAUUGCUGUUGAGGAUUGACGACACGAUAUGUUGGGCACUUUUAAGUGUUUUUGCUGGGAAACAUAAUCGUGUGCUCCGUCGUUCUAACACGCACUUGGCUAGGCAGCUAGUGUGAACAAUAUAGAGCGGCGGUCAGCAUGAAACUGCGCGUGUGUGCGUCCUCAAACAGUGAGCAGGUCCAGGUUUUAGUGUGGUGGGCUGCUAAGGCUAGCUAACAAUAACAUGGUGAAGAGUUUCCGAGUGUCUGACCUGCAGACGCUGCUGGCCUCCAUGGGCCGCAGCAAGAGCGGGCUGAAGCAGGACCUGGUGGGGCGGGCCCUGCGGCUGGUCCAGACCGAGUACAGCCCCGAGCUGCUGAAGAACGUGCGCCAGCUCUACGAGUCCCGCUUUCCCAAGGCCUCGGGCUGGCUGGCCGCCCGCCGCCCGGAGGGGGGGGUCCCGCUGGCCUACGCCCGCAGCGCCUCCCCCGCCGCCGCAGCCAACGCCAACGCCCUGGGCACCGACUACCUCAACGGCAUCCCCAAGCCGUCCCCGACCCCCGCCGCCGAAGUCAAGCUGGUCAAGCUGCCCUUCUACCAAACCCUGGAGACGCUCAUGCCCCCGACGGAGCUGAUUGCCCAGAACAGCGAGAAGCUGCAGGACAGCCCGUGCGUCUUCGAGCUGACGCAGAGCCAGGUGGACCAGAUCCGCAACUCCAGUGAGCUUCGCGCGGGGAUAAAAUCAGUCCAGGUGGUUCUUCGAAUCUGUUACACAGACACCACCGGAGCGCAAGAGGACCAGUACCCACCCAAUAUUGCCGUCAAAGUGAACCAGUCCUACUGUCACGUACCGGGUUACUACCCCUCCAAUAAGCCUGGCGUGGAACCUCGUCGGCCCUGUCGCCCAAUCAACAUCACGCCCUGGCUGCACCUCUCCACGGCCUCCAACCGCAUCAACGUCACCUGGGGCAACUUCGGAAAGCGCUACUGUGUGGCGGUGUACCUGGUGAGGGUCUUCACGUCCGCCGAGCUCUUCAGCCAGCUCAAGCACUGCUCUGUGGAGAGUCCCGAGCGCUGCCGAGAACGCAUCCAGGACAAGCUGCGCUUUGACCCGGAGAGCGAGAUCGCCACCACGGGACUGCGCGUGUCACUCAUCUGUCCGCUGGUGAAGAUGCGUCUGGGCGUGCCCUGUCGGGUGCUCACCUGUGCGCACCUGCAGUGCUUCGACGCCGUCUUCUUCCUGCAGAUGAACGAGAAGAAGCCCACGUGGACCUGUCCCGUGUGCGACAAGCCCGCCCCCUUCGAGCUGCUCACCAUCGACGGGCUGCUGUCUGAGAUCCUGAAGGAGACCGAGGACGUGGAGGAGAUAGAGUACCUCACCGACGGCUCCUGGAGGCCGAUCCGCGACGAGAAGGAGCGGGACAAGGAGAGGGAGCGCAGCAACACGCCCGACUACCCAGUGCUGGACAUCUGCUCUUCGGAGGCCAACGGCCUCUCCCCGGCGCACAGCAGCACCAGCCAGACCGGGAAGUCCGGAGCGGGCGGCGCCGCGGCGACGGCGGGCGGAGCCGCGGGCGGCGGCGGCGGCGGCAGCGGCGGCGCAGUGGUCGAUCUGACUCUGGACUCUUCCUCCGAGGAGGAGGACGGGGGCGGGCCGGCGGGGGACAGCGAGGACACAGAGGACAGCCAGGACAGCCCCCCUCCCAAAAGAGGCCGAUACGCCUACGAUAAGGACCUGGUCACCGCGUACUGACCGGACGGACACACAGACUGACAGAGCAGCUGGGGCUCAGAGCUGCUGAGAGCAUUCGAUAGAUCCUAAACCCCCCCCCCCCCCAUCCCUUCCCCCCCCCUCCCUCCCCACUUACACACAGGAGACACACACACGAGUACCACCGACCUCCGGAGCUGUUAGGACUCCUUCAGUGUACACACUGCUGCAAAAGAGCUGACCCAGACACCGCUGUCUUUCCCUCGUCGUUUAAACUCGCUCUAUCUCUCUCUCUCUCUGUCUUUCUCUCCUUCCUUCACUCCUACCCGCGCUCCCUCCUUCCUCUCUCCCUCUCUCCAUCGCGCACUUAAUCGCAUCUUUGUUUUAUCUUCUGGCUGUGCACUCAGUGGCUCGAGCUGGUCAUUCGGCGUUUGAGGAAGGAGGGGCUUACUCCUUAGUCAGGCUCGAAAACCAUUAACGGUGGGAUUAGAUGCAAAUAUUAAAUCCCCCCCACCCCCCUCCCCCUCAUCUGUGGCCAUUACACGUUCAACUUUGUUCUUAAUGGAAUUAGCUGGUAUGAGAAGGUAUAAAGAAGUCAUUUUAACUGAAUUGAUUGUUGUUCUUGGGUUCAUAUUUGAAAGAAAUAUUUUACUUUUAUUUUUUUUUUGUUCCCAGGAGCUGGCAACCUACCUCAGUCAAAUGUAGCAAACCUGACAGGAAAAUUACUUUUGGGGUGGGGGGGGAGGGGGGGGACAGGAGGCAGUAAUUGACUGGAGUUCUGCUUCUGGUUUAACACUGGAGAGAGAGAGGGGUUCUGUUGAAGUUCUUAUUUUGUGUUUCUUUUCCCCCCCCCUCCGCUGGUGGAGGUGAGAACAUUCGCUUUGUCAGUAGGGGCGUCGCUCGCCGUGGAAUUUCAGACGUGAAGAUCGAACUCGCUCGGGGGCUUGCGUCUCUCUCUCUCCUUCCCUCCUCCGUUUCUCUUUGCGCCGGGCCUGGCCGCGAGGGGGGGGGGGCGGAGCUACCGAAAGAGAGGUGCGCUGCUGCAUUUGACACCGUUUCGCUGUGGACUGCCUGCGACUGCGCAGAGGUGUGCGUGACUGUUUUACCCGGAGGACACGCGAAAGUAGGUUAACCCCUCCAAGAGGUCAAUGCUCUACCUUCAGCGGAAACUCUUACGGCAAAAAAAAAAAAGAGAAUCAUGCUUCGUUUUGAGCACACUGUCCUAACCCUUAGAAUUCUAGAACCUUUUUGUUUUCUCGGGCUGGAAUGCAGUAAUGUGGAAGAGCGCAUCGCAGGCUGUGGGGAGAGGUGCCACAGCACCGCAGGGGCUAGUUUUUACUGUGCCAUUUUUAUCCGCUCACAGAAGUGUGAAGUGCUGUUGUUUUUUUUUGCUGAGUGCUUUACAGUGAGCGUAGACCUGAGAAAGAGAGGACGCCGGAGUUAAGGUGUUCUAGAAUCAUCUCCCUGGGGUGGAGGUUCUAGAAUCAUCUCACUGGAGUGAAGGUUCUAGAAUCAUCUCACUGGAGUGAAGGUUCUAGAAUCAUCUCACUGGAGUGAAGGUUCUAGAAUCAUCUCACUGGAGUGAAGGUUCUAGAAUCAUCUCACUGGAGUGAAGGUUCUAGAAUCAUCUCACUGGAGUGGAGGUCCUAGAAUUAUCUCAUUGGAGUGGAGGUUCUAGAAUCAUCUCAUUGGAGUGAAAGUUCUAGAAUCAUCUCCCUGGAGUGAAGGUUCUAGAGUCAUCUCACUGGAGUGAAGGUUCUAGAAUCAUCUCACUGGAGUGAAGGUUCUAGAAUCAUCUCACUGGAGUGGAGGUUCUAGAGUCAUCUCACUGGAGUGAAGGUUCUAAAAUCAUCUCACUGGAGUGAAGGUUCUAGAGUCAUCUCACUGGAGUGAAGGUUCUAAAAUCAUCUCACUGGUGCCUGCAUGCUGUGUCCUGCAUCUUUUGGUGGGAUGGGGGAUAGGUUUUUUUUAAGUCCCCCCCCCAUUCUGAAGUACUCAUUCUGAAAUAUUCCAUUCCGUAUUCCAUUGUACGUUGUUGCCAAUGCACUUGUUUUGAUCGAGUUACUCUUACGAGGGGUUUUGCUGGUCGCUCAUGUAGCCUGAAGUGCGGUUAGCCUCAUUUCUUUCGUCGGCUGUCGCGGUCUGGAUGGAAAUCGCGGCGAUUUGCUGUCCCUGCGAUUAAAAUUCAGAGAGUGAUUUUCAUUGGUGAAAAAUACUUCUGGCUCCAUUCUGCUUUUGGUUUUUUUUUUGUAGUCCAGGCGAUUUUAUUUUAACCUGCGCCCUGUUUGGUGAAGGUUGUUUGGCGCCUGGCAGCAGCUAAAGCCCGUAUGAGUAUACUGAGCGGUGGAUAACACUGAAAACACUGCAGAACUUGAGUAUUUAUGCAAAGGGGGGGGCGGGGCGGGGGCGGCGGGCGGGAGUGUCCUGUGCUUGGUAUAGGCCCUGGCCUGGGUGUCUUGGUUUUGCGAUUUUGCUGGUAGAGUGGGUAGCGGAGGGAUUUGCAUAUUAUUGAGCUGAGCCGUAUUACCCAGAAAAAGAUGAAUGCUGUGAUGUUUGGGAAAGGAAAAACGUAUCUUAACGCUUGAAAUGGAGAGAACUUCCUCGCAGAUUUUUUUUUGUUUGUUAUUUUUUUUCUCUCUCUCUCUUAGAAUUCAGAGGAAGCGGUAUUUAUUAAUUGAUAAUUGUCGUAACGUGUCUAUUUUAAUUUAAUAGCGGUUUUUCGAUUGCCGAUGUUUUAGCGGCUGCAGAAAUGGGGCGUGGCUUUUAGACUGCGCCGCGCUCUCCGGCGCGGAACGCCAGCGGCGCCAUUUCCCUCGAGGGGUCUGAUGCGUUUCCUGUUGGAGCCCAGAUGAAGGCAGGGAGAGAGGCGGGCGAUCGAUCGAUCGGGGGCUUUACCGGUCGUCUCCGAGCCACCCCGCCCCCUCCGCAGGGGGGGGGUCGUCUCCUCUUCCCGGAAGGUUCUCCGCGCAGACGGAGAAACCGCGAGGCGCGCACGCGAUCGUUUUUCUCUGCGCUCUCUCUCUCUCUCUGCUUCUUCCCGCCGCUGAGCGGAACGUCGAUGGCGUUCAAGCGGGACCUGGCCGCGGUGCUGGGGGAGUCUGGCCUUCACCCUCCCCCACCCCCCACCCCCCACCCGCCCUUUUUGCUGUGAUGACCCGUUCGUCUGCGGGAGUAGUCGACCGACUCCUCUCAUCUCAAGAAAACGCGCUAUAGUCGGAUUUGAGUUUUCCUAUUCUGUCUUUACCCACAAACAGGUGUUUCCUUUUCUUUGGUGUUUGUUAUGUUUUUUUCCUCCCCCCCGGCUUACAUAUUUGGUUUAAUGUACCCAGAACCAUAACCUCUUUUAUUGCGUUGGAACAAAUGCUCUGUAGGUUGACAGGUGUUUCCUCAGUCCUCUCCACACCGGCAGGUCUGCAGGUAUGGAUGCAGAGAGACACGUCAGAACUGCUUUCUGCUUCGCUUCCGUCGGUCACGUGAUGCGCGCCGAGCUCAUCCGAUGUGUGAGGAAGCAGUCCGAUCCGCAGUGGCAGACAUGUUUUCCUCUUGGUUAGUGAUGAUGCUCAAAUGUGCUAUUUGCUGAGGGCUGUACGGUCACCAGGCGUGAUGCGCAGAACAUCAGGGUCACUGUUGACAAGCAGUGAGAGGGGCUAGCCGAUAUUACCUCAGUCUUUUCCCUAACAUUGACCACAACCUGAACGGUUCAAAACAUUCAGAUCUGAAACCAGACCUGUCCAGCUGUCCCACUGCUGUAGACUGAUAUUUCCAGUGAUUUUUUUUUUUUUUUUUAACGUAAUUUCAUUUCGAUUCGGUCUUCCGUCAGAAUGUUUGAUUACACCUGGCCAAUGUUGGUUUCUGAUAUGAGGGAAGCUUUUAAUAAGAACACCAGGCACCAGGCACUCCAUAAGAAAAAGAUUUUCAUGGAGUCUUUUAAUUACAUGCGCUCUGACCCCCCCCCCCCCCAAUAUGACCGGCACACUUUUUUUUCUUUUUUUUAAAUUACCUUCUGAAAAAUAAUUUGUUUUCUCUGAAGCCAGCCAAUUGAUCUGUGUGUGGGCAGGGGGGACCGUGUAGCUGAGACAAAAUGUGUACAUUUGAUGUAACUUUUAUUGUUUUAUCCUUUAAGCAUAGGAGUAUAGGACACCGCUGCAGACGUAAUUCAGAGCCGCAGAUUUGCUCCGUAGCGAGAGUGCGGGCGACUGGGACACGUGCCGUGAGCAUGCGCUCUUUAAAUGGACGGGCUAGUACACAUUCAGGGCGGGGCUGGAAUCACGGAGACUGGAAGCAGGAAGUGCGAUGGAAAUCAUUUUUAGUGGCAAUCCUUGCCGAUUCUAAAACCUUAGAGAAACACGGGCUGUUGUGUGGCUUGCGAUCCCAGAUGUUUUUGUGUGUUAAGUCUUUUUUUUUUUUAUAUGUUCAUAUUGAAAGCCAACGGAAUUAAUAAAUGAUAUGUUAUCAAAACCCUGA